AUGGAUCCGUCUAAAUUCACUGGGUGUCCAAGCAGUACCCAUCCGAGCCAUGGUUCAGCUGCUGAGAGUGAUGCUGCAAGACAGACCACAGGUGGGGCAGCCAUUCCAGAAGGCCAUUCCAAGAGAGUAGAAUUCCCAAGUGGUCCAGCAGCCAGUAAAUGCUCCACCACAGUGGACUCAGCGGAAAGGGAGACUAGCGAGUCUCACCCUGCAUCUGUGUGCCGUAGCCUGGAGAGGUCAAAGGGCAAGUCACCACGGGUUCGGACAGCGUUCACCUUGGAUCAACUACACAUUCUAGAACAUAGUUUCCACAGCAGCCACUACCUGUCUGUGUUCGAGCGCUACGCCAUCGCCUUGAUGCUCUGUCUCACAGAGACUCAGGUUAAGAUCUGGUUCCAAAACCGACGCACCAAGUGGAAGAAAGAGUGUGAGGGGAAAGGGCGGCAUGAGCAGCAGCUCCAGUGUGAGGUCAGAUACCCCUAACCUCCUCCUGUCUAUCCUACAACCCUUCCACUGUACAACAAAAUGCAUUUUCACCAGGGACCACAGAUUCAAAUGUUCACGCCACCAACCUUCCUCACUCCACAAUACAACCAUCAUCAAUUUUAGAUGAGAACAUUUUUAGCUUACCAUUUGCACAAAUUCUGGUUGUGGUUUCAAUCAGAUUGAGCUCACAGUUUAGACACUAUAACCUGCUAUGUCAUAAAGGUAUUUGUGCAAUGUAAUAGGCCACUGUAAAUUAAUAUCAGUAUUUAUGAGUUACUAUUUAUGUGUUGUUUAAAAGCCAGUGGAAAACUAUGUCAAUCUAUCCCAUAUGCGAAAGAUU